AUGUUGUCUAGUGUCUUUACUGCCGUUAUUAUUUUGUUUGGUUUGAAUUGGACAUUAGCAGUUAAUAUGUGUACAAACAGAUCAACAGUAUCAACAUACGUUACAUUGAAUCUUAUAAAAGGAACUGAUGUCGAUGGUUGUUACUGUACUGUUAAAUUACAUAAUACAUAUACACCUGAAUCUGUUAAAUCAAGAAUUAUAUUUGAAGUUAUAAAGUUUUCUGGUUGUAAAUAUAAACUUGUUAUUUCAUAUAAUAGCAGUAGACCUAGAUUUAGAUGUUCUAACAACAAUACUAGAAUAUUCUAUCAUAUUAAUAAAACAGAAGAAAUUAAACUAUAUUUGGAGCUAGCUACUUCUUAUCAGAAUGAUACAGAAUUUGAAGUCAAAAUAACGUCUAGUAUGACUAAUUUCUGUAGUGAGCAAACUAAACCUGGUAGAAUUAUUGUUGGAUCAUUGAAGAUUGAACAGAUGUGA